AUGGAGAAACAACUUGUUAUUCUUUUAAUUUUUGGAAUAAAUUCGUUGAUACAGACGACACAGUGUUCAUCAUGGACUGAAGUGAAGGCGGAGUAUGAAAAACUUUACAAUGCCUAUUCGAUGAAUCAGUUCGAAUCUUACGUAAAUACGAUCCCUUCGAACGAUUUUACACAACCGCUAGAUAUUAGACUGGAAUUCGAAAUGAACUCUCUUGCCGAAUAUGACGCAGUGAAUGGUGCGUUAGAUGUGAUCGGGAGCCUAUCAAUGACCUGGACAGACAGCAUCGGCGCACUGGGCAGUGUGACCUUUGAUACGGGAAAGAUCAAUGAAGUAAUGGUUCAUUAUAAGACAGUUUGGACUCCAGUCAUUGUGCUGAUAAAUUCGGCUGAUUCCAUACAACGAGUCGGGGACGAAACAUACAAAGUAAGAUUGAAUCUCGGAACUGGUGAAGCGAACUGGAAACCUCGAAUUAUAAUCAAAGGUUCCUGUUCUCCGGACGUGACGUACUUCCCCUUUGAUCAACAGUCGUGCACAUUCACUUUUCAGCCUUGGUAUCUAACGAAAACGAGGCUAAAAUUGUCGGUCGCUUCAAAUGAAUGGAAAAUGGACAGGUACGACAAAAGCGGCGUUUGGGACAUCGAAUCGACCGAUUCAAGUACUUAUAUUUCAGGUGACUAUUAUUUUGCUAACUUUACUGUAACAUUCAAUCGGGAACCAACGUACUUUACAGUCAACUUAGUUUUGCCUAUUUUGUGCUUAUCUAUGUUAAGCGGAUGUGUAUUUCUUCUUCCUGCAGCAUCAGGUGAACGUAUAGGGUUUGUCAUAACCUGCUUUCUGUCGUUUAUUGUCCUUUUGCAGACGACAAUGACGUAUUUACCACAAGCGUCUUCGCCGAUGUCUCUUUUGUGCUAUUACGUCAUAGUUAUGAUGCUUUUUAGCGCCAUAUUAACCUUAAUUACUGCCAUUCUUCUGAGGGUCUACCACAAGCCAAAAGGCGAGGAUGUUCCGAGAUGGCUUAUACAUGUUUUAGAGAUUAUCAAAUGUAUUAAAUGUCGGCGCGUUUGUGGAAAAAAGGCAAAUUCAGUAGAAGAUGGUUCUUUCUUUCCCGGCAAAUCCUCAAAGAAAGGCGGAUCGUUAAACCAAAUGCCAAAACGGACAGUCUUUAAUGCAGAUCGACUGUCAUCAGUAACCGGAUAUAGCUCUCCGAAAUCACUAGAACAAAUGAAAGUAAAAAGUGUUACGAGUGCGGACUCUUUCGCGUCAUCAAGCAUGGCUAGCGUGGCAGAUGACGUAGAUAAUGUUAAAUCUGCAAGUAAAUCAAGGAGCAAUCGCGAAAAAGUAAAAGUAAUUGCUUCUGGACUUGAAGUGGCGACGGAAUCGUCAGAAUACUAUGAGGAAGAUGAUGAAAGUACCAUAGAAGAAAUUGACUGGGAAUUGAUUGGCCAUCUUUUGGAUACUUUCUUUUUACUCGCGUUUAUCGGAGUACAGGUUGGAUUCAGCAUUAUAUUUUUGGUGCCUAUUGGUACUCGAGCGUAA